CCAAUAUCGUCACAAAUCAAGUUGUCGUAAGUCAAGACCCCUAUUUCACCUCAAGACAAAUGAAUGAAAGGGUGAAGUUGUCUCCUGCGAUGACAGAUGAGCGAUCAAAGAGACGCCCGGCGAUCGUUCGACGCUCAUGUGACCAGUGCCGCGCUCGAAAGAUUGGUUGUAACAGAGGUUCGCCUUGUGCGAACUGUACCACAGCUAGACUCGAUUGUACCCACAGCGCCAUUGCAUCCAAUGCAAGCCCUCCAAGACCAAGGGUGUUGAUUUCAGCACAAUAUGAUCGGAAAAUUGAAGAAAUCGCAAAGGGUAUCGACGGCAUCAAAGUUCUACUUCAGGGACUUAACAUCUCCCUGGGAACAAAGCAGCAGGAAUCUGGUUACCCGGAGCAGCUCAAGUUAGGUAAACCGGCAGACGCUCCACCAUCUCGCCAGUUUCUCCCCGAAUCUGCCAGCAAAUCUUCUGUAUUGGACCAUUCGGCUCACAUAAUUGAAUUCCUUAAGACUGUUCUGGACGAUCAAUACUCAAAAAAUGACACAUCAGAGGCCAGCGAAGUCAUCUCGUCGUUGAAAAGUCUUGUAACGGCUCUUGAAAAUAAUCAUGCGGGGCAGUCUAUGUCGUUUUCGAAACUUGAUAUCGCGAAACGUGAUACCAAUCCUCCCAUGCCCCCUGUUGAAGUCGUGGUGGCGGCACUGCGUUGGGCAAAGGAGCACGACGGAUAUGACAGAAUUGUCUGGAUUGCCAAUAUACUUCCUCUGAAUGUGUUUACCGAUAUCUGCCGGAAAGUGUGUUUUGCAGUUGACGACUACAGCGAAACAGAUCUCGCCAUCGCCAAUGGAUAUUUGUCCUAUAUCUUUGCCGAGCAUGUCGGACUUCAAGACUAUAUAGAGUACUCCCAACUCUGUCAAAAGAACCUCCACAGCGCUCUUUUACGACUUCCACUUAUUAUGCCGCCAUCCAUGGAGGUCAUUGCUGCGUUGACGAUAGGCGCAUUUAAUGCAAUUCAAGACUCUAAAGCUAUCAUGGCUUGGACCUUCAUUUCUGCCGCAUCAAACCACUGCCAGACUCUCGGAUACCAUCGACAUCGUUCCGCAAGAGAAAUCGACCAGACCCUAAAAGAUGUGCAGGAUCGUCUGUUUUGGACAGUCUAUAGAUUCGACAAAAGCCUAUCACUUCGAUUGGGUCGAUCAUCCAGUUUCCGUGAUUCUGAUAUCGAAUUGCCAUUCGACGUGAAUACUACACGGCCUACUAUGGUUGCAAGAAUCCAAGGGAGGGUUUAUGAUCAACUUUAUAGCCCUAUGGGCCUUUCUCGUCCCUACGAGGAGCGCGGGCAUGAGGCCGAACUACUCGCUGAACAAUUACGAGAGCUGAUUAGUGCAACACAUAUUGAGGCUUCAAGUGCCAAUAGCCAGCUCGACCACUGCGGAAGCGAUCCGAUGCGGGUUGUUUAUCUACAAUUCGAUUUGGUCUGCCAGACUUCACUACUUGCUCUAAUUCUUCGGGCAAUCCCCUCCACGCAAAUCUCUCCCAGUGAUAUUUCAGGCGAAUGCGUCGCAGUUGCUCGCGACGCUUUGAAUGCACAUGAGCAGUGUAUGACUAGUCUGCGUGGACACGAAAGAGACCCAUUCAUGUUUACUAAAUAUAUUAGCUGGGCCGUCCUGCAUAUUCCAUUCAUUCCUUUCAGUAUACUAUUUACCCAUACUGUUCAGCACUUGGAUUUCGCCGACUUGGCCCGUCUGGAUUGUUUCGCUGCCUCGCUGCGGCCGAAGGCGCCUUCCCAAACGUCAAUCACGCACCCACAUCGACUGUAUGAGAUCCUGUGCCGGGCCGCACGAAUCUACAUUGCUCCAGAGACUAGUCCCUCACAUGUAGACUUAUUCCCGGAUCCAGGUCCAUUGGAUCCCUCGGAGGUAUCUGGUUUUACGUGCUUCGACUGGGGAGCGGACGAUGAAACUAGGCAAUUUGCCGAUGCACAAUCGCUUGGACUGGAAGAAUGGUACUAUAGUAACCAGCAGAUCAUGAGCUUAUUGGACGAGAACGUCACCAUCUAAGCAUCCAUGAUCUUAUAUUUAUAGUUAUCCUUAAUAAAGGUGUGGAUAACAGCUUGUCGAGAUUAUACGCAGCUAGAUCCUAUCGUCUACUAUCUAAGAUCGGUCUUUUCAAAUCGCUUCGAUGGCAAUCAGUCCCUCCACAGGUUGACACCAUUCCCGUCGACCUAUCAAGACUUCGUAGCAAUUACUGAUUGGAGUUCAUCUAGAGAUUGAGUACUAACGUGGGAAACCAAGCAACAAAGUACACCUGCUCCACACAGACAGAUCCUGCCAGGGACCUUAUCUCGUUUCGUCGCUUCCCUUCAUUAGAAAGUUUACGUAGAGUCUUGAAGAUAGCAUCGCCGUCAAUAAGAGGGCUAAAGUGGCUAGUGUAUUUUACAGUUCAACCUAAAUAAAUCACAA